AUGGCCAAAAGUUAUUUUAUUUUAGAACUAGUCACAGAAAAUACUUCAACAACUAACUCCCUCUCAUUUGCCAAACUACAUCCACAAACUUUCUCAGAAUCUGCGGACAAUAUCGACCGUUUCGUUAGGCUUUAUUUAGACAAUGCCAAUAAAAAGUCGAAGCAGAAACCUCACAACAAAGCUUUCCGUCAAUCAAAAGAUGAAUUAGAACUUGAAAAUUCCAUCAAAAGCAUAAGAGGAGGAUUACUUAAAGAAGUGUCAGUUCUAGAAAAGUUUUCACAGGACAUACAGAAUUAUCUGCUGAAGAACUUCAGUAUAUCAGAUUAUAAAGACGAAGAAGAAGUGAUUCAUCCUUGUCAAGUUAAUUCACCUCUGUCUAAGUCAACAAAUGACUGUAAUAAAACAGGUGCUAAAAAGCAAAUGCAGGAAUUGUCUUGUGGUUUGGAAUUCCUUCUCACUCAAAACCCCGACAACAAAGUAGUACCCAACUCAGUUUCAACUUCAUCAACAUCUCUUAAUUCACCAUCGACUGGUACGUCUUCAUCCUCACCUGACAGAGCUAUUUUGAAAUUCGAAACUGAUUUGGCACCAGUUCAUCGAAACCCCAGUUAUCCUGCAAAAAAACAGAAGAUUCGUUCAGAAAAGGAGAGAGAUAGUUUACAUCAUAGUGAUGCAAUACAUAAACCAACAAACAUUCGCAAAUUAUCUGGUUCAAAAGGCAGUAAAACAAAAGAAAGCAUUCAUUUAAACGAAACAACUCGUACUCCAGAUGGAGCUAUUGAGAAAUCCGGUGAAUUAGUUAGUCUACCCUCAAUUUUGAAUUCAUCCACACACAGGUCAUCUAAACAGCUGAACAAACUCCAGCAUUCUUUUCCAUUCAAUAAUAAUAGUAACAAUAAUAAUAAUAAUAAACGAACACUUUUACCAUCUAAUUCCAACGAAUCACUUAUUGGCAUAAAUGGAAAUAGAAACUGUCACAAUUGUAGCCGUUAUAACUCAGCACAACGAUUUCGACAGAUGAUACUGAAAGCACGUCAAGAAAGUGGAAACUGUUAA